GGCACGCACCCUCCUUCGCAGGAACAAGGAGCGUGAGGUGGAGACAGGAUAGGUUGGGACACAAGAUCCAGUUCAGAGUGUGUCCCAGCCCAGUCCCCUCACGGAGCCCAGAUCCUCAUCUCCCCCUGGUAGUGGGGCUCAGCGCAAGCAGGCAAAGAACUGAUGGGACCCAUCAGAUUAGAACCCACAUUGGAGAUUAUAUCCUAAGCAGAUACCCCAUUCUGAACUGGGGAUGUAGCGCUUUGAAACUAGAAAAUGCCAGGUCUGAAAGAGAGGAAAGAACAAGUCCAGCAAUACACAGGGCUCUGUGUAUUCAGAGGGAAGUUGGCAGGGUUGUGUUCGGGCAGAGAAACUCCGAGUGGUACAAAGGGACGUGCCCAGAGUGGAGAAAUCAUGCUAAUUGUCUGCACCAGAGCUGGAGAACGCCACCCAAAAUGAAGAGAGAAAGGGGAGCCCUGUCCAGAGCCUUCAGUGCCCUGAGCCUCACCCCUUUUGUCUACCUUCUUCUGAUCCAGACAGAGCCCCUCGAGGGGGUGAACAUCACCAGCCCGGUGCGCCUGAUCCAUGGCACGGUGGGGAAGUCAGCCCUGCUUUCCGUGCAGUACAGCAGCACCAGCAGUGACAAGCCCGUCGUGAAGUGGCAGCUGAAGCGGGACAAGCCAGUGACCGUGGUACAGUCCAUCGGCACAGAGGUCAUUGGCACCUUACGGCCUGACUACCGAGACCGCAUCCGCCUCUUUGAAAACGGCUCCCUGCUUCUCAGUGACCUGCAGCUGGCCGAUGAGGGCACCUAUGAGGUUGAGAUCUCCAUCACGGAUGACACGUUCACCGGGGAGAAGACGAUCAACCUCACUGUAGAUGUGCCCAUUUCCAGGCCACAGGUGUUAGUGGCUUCGACCACUGUGCUGGAGCUCAGCGAGGCCUUCACCCUGAACUGCUCACACGAGAACGGCACCAAGCCCAGCUACACCUGGCUGAAGGAUGGCAAACCCCUCCUCAAUGACUCGAGAAUGCUCCUGUCCCCUGACCACAAGGUGCUCACCAUCACCCGCGUGCUCAUGGAGGACGACGACCUGUACAGCUGUGUGGUGGAGAACCCCAUUAGCCAGGGCCGCAGCCUGCCCAUCAAGAUCACCGUAUACAGAAGAAGUUCCCUCUACAUCAUCUUGUCCACAGGAGGCAUCUUCCUCCUUGUGACCUUGGUGACAGUCUGUGCCUGCUGGAAACCCUCCAAAAAGUCUGGGAAGAAGAGGAAGCUGGAGAAGCAAAACUCCCUGGAAUAUAUGGAUCAGAAUGAUGACCGUCUGAAACCAGAAGGUGAGCUCCCAGCCACCCACUCACCCAUCCCAUCGCCACUCAGAUCAGUGGGCUGCUGGGAAAAGGCAGAACUGGGACACAAGGAAGCCAGCUCUGCAGGGCCCCUUCCUCCACCAACUGCACGAAGACUGCAGAGCAGGGAGAGGUGCGGCCAAGGUAGGACCCCAGCAGAUACCCUCCCACGAAGUGGCGAGCAGGAGCGGAAGAACCCCAUGGCACUGUAUAUCCUGAAGGACAAGGACUCCCCGGAGCCCGAGGAGAACCCUGCCCCGGAGCCUCGGAGCGCCACCGAGCCCGGCCCGCCAGGCUAUUCCGUGUCGCCGGCGGUACCCGGCCGCUCGCCGGGGCUGCCCAUCCGCUCGGCCCGCCGCUACCCGCGCUCUCCGGCGCGCUCCCCCGCCACGGGCCGGACGCACACGUCGCCGCCCCGGGCCCCGGGCUCGCCCGGCCGCUCGCGCAGCGCCUCGCGCACACUGCGGACUGCGGGCGUGCACCUGAUCCGCGAGCAAGACGAGGCCAGCCCGGUGGAGAUCAGCGCCUGAGCCGCCUCGGCACCCCCGGGGGGUGGGGGGGGGGGAGCCCGGCAAAGCGGCCGGGGCCCGGGGGAAGGCGGGGGGAACGCGGCCGCCGCCGCUGCCGCGAGGGGCCAGGGGAGGGCCCCGCGGGGACGAGUCUCGCGUGUGGGCGAGUGUGAGCAUGCGCGGGUGGGGGACGCGGUGGGGCAGGGAGGAGUGGCUCUAGUGGUGAAACUGGGUCGCGUCCGCUCCUGUUUCACCAGCUGUGUUCUUAGUGGGUAUGGGUUGUGCCCUCUUAGGACCAUAUAGAUUAUUAAAUUUCUGGCCCAAUCCCCCAAGGGUCUUAUGAAAACUAACAUCAGUAACCUAACUCCCGUGACUAUCCAGUGCCCUUCCUAGGGAGCUCUAAGCUUCCACCCAAACUUCCUUCCCUCUGAAUGAACGCCUGGUUCCCUAGGACACUUUUUCGGCAAGCUCAGAUUAGUGAGGCCACUUGCCCAAGAGGAACAACUGUCCUAAACUAAGGGGAAAUCAGAUGCCGGUUACUGGGUGUACAGAGAGGACUGUUCUGAGCAUCCGCGGAAUCACUGUGAAGGCAGUGCCUCGGAGCACCCUUCUCUGGACACCUGGUACCUGGGGACCUACCAGUUUGGUGAGGCAGGAGUCAAGUACAUUGCUUUGGCCCCUGACCUGAACCCUAGCAAGGGCAAAGGAUUCAAGCCCCUGCCCCGUGCUUGUGCUUGGCCUCCUCCCAAAGCCUCCCUCUGGGUAUACCAAGAAUUCUUUCCUCCUUUAGCCUCUAUUCCUAUAGAGAAAGGGGUUCUCCCUCCCCUGGCCCACAAAGCUACAUCAAGUGAAGAACUUUCUAAAAACCCUCACACCUAUGCCUUCUCCCUGGCUUCCUUACAAAACAAGCCUUUCAAACAAUCAUUGUCCCUGGGGAAGGUCUCUGGUCUUCCUUCAGCUGUAAGAGAAUAAGGUUCCAGUCUGCAGAGUAAUGGUGGGGGAGGGGAGGAGGAGGAGGUUUACUGCUCCCCAGGAUGGCAGGGAGACAAGAUCCAACCCUUGGCCUCCAGCCUCCCACCUGCCCUGCUCCCAGAUGCUCAGAUCCCAGGAGACAGAACAAGGGCAGACUCCCUAAGCACACACACAUAGAAUACAGAGAGGCUGGGCCGCUGUGUCACCAGGCCAUGCCCAUGUUACUGAACUCUUGAACAGUUUGCAAGACAGACAGUAAUCUACUGUGCAAGGAGUGAGGGCAAUUAAAACACUGAAAGAGAAGGAGGGCCUCUGUGUUCUAACCUCUCUUCCGUGAUGCCUUUGGGGCCCUUGCAUCCCUGGCCCCUCUCCAACCUCCUGAGCUCCAGCCCUGACUCUCCGCUAUCUCACAGAGACCCCCCUGUUCCCUGCCCUGCCCCUCCACACUGGGGCAGGUUUUGUGCCAACCCCAAGGGCAACAACAUUUCUAAUCGGCCCCCUUCACCCUGACCUCCACAGCAUGCCCCUCCCAGCUCCCUCCCUGUCCCCAUAGCCAGGACUGCUCCCCUCACUCUCCCAGGUGCCUCAUCCAGAAUGAGGUCAUGCCUGGAGGGGAGAGUUGCUCAGGCAGGUGGAAGACGGAGGACUUGGAGAAGGGGUGCAGGCUGCUCAGCCUUGCGAGACGGGGUUGGAGUGAGGGAGAUGAGAGCAUGCUGCACCCCCUGCCCUGGUGCUGAACCCCUGACGGGCUGGCUUCCCAGGCUCAAGCCAAAUCUGCCUUAAAUCCGGGGGGGGGGGUGGUAAGUAAGGAAGUGGUUUUGGUUUGGUUUGCUUUGGUUUUGAUCUUCAUCUUUGUAUUACCAGCAUCUAGCAGAGUGCCUGGCACAUCCUGGAUGCUCAAUAAACUUUUAAUGAAAUGGAA